AAAUGAGAUAAUACUCCAUUUAUUUCAUGAUAAAUUGAGUUGUGUUAAUUAAUGACGUCUGUUUCAAAUAAAUGAAAUACUUGCAUACACUCAAAAAAAGUAAAAAUUACUGCACGAAGGGGUGUUGCAAAAUGUAUAAGAUUUUUCUUUUAUAGUAUAAUCUCCAAAAAUGCUAUUACUUUCGACGAUAAAGAAAGUAUAUGUUUACGAAUUGGCAACGCCGCCAAUCAACAACCUAGACCGUGCUUCUUCAUCUGAAUUCACGGCAGUAGGAACAAAAUGGUGACAAAUAAUUGUUCGUGGCCUUCCGUAAAAUCUCAAAAUAUCGGUUUUUCAAACAGAACACAACUGCGUUAAUCGAGGAAAAACUAACGUUUACGCAAGGCAAACAAUAAUAUUGACUUAUGAGUCGAAGACAAAUGCACGAUAAAGAAAAUGAGAAUGAAAUUGAAGUUUUAUUUUGAUAACAUUCAGUGAUUGAAACAAGUAAUAAAUAAUGUGCGGCUAGUGUGAUUAUUUUUGAAAACCAUGUCCGCGACAGCUACAGGUAGAUCUAAUUUUGCACCUGGGUCAACCAAUGCAGUGUCCCUGAGGCCUAUCGAAGUUCCUCAUGCAUUACAAAACGGGGAGAAAUUCAUAAAAUGGGAUGAGGAUUCCGGUGUAGGAACCCCGGUUACGUUAAGGGUGGAUCCAAAUGGAUUUUAUCUUUAUUGGGUGGAUCAAAACCACGAAAUGGAUUUGUUGGAUAUAGCUAUAAUACGUGACACUAGAACUGGACGGUACGCCAAAAUACCGAAAGAUCCAAAAUUAAGGCAAAUUGUAUCAAUGGGUUCCCAGGAUACGUUAGAAGAAAAAACGGUGACAGUUUGUUGCGCCAACGAUUUCGUAAAUUUAACUUUCAUUAAUUUUUGUUGUACGCGAAAAGAUAUUGCCAAAUUAUGGACUGAUUCCUUGAUUAAUUUAGCUUAUAAUUUAAACCAAAUUAACGGCACACCCAAGAUGUACUUAUUCAAAGCUCACACGAAACUACAUCUAAUCAAGGAUAAGGCCGGAAAUAUACCUGUCAAAAACGUGCUAAAAAUGUUCGCACAAAAUAAGGACGACAAGAAGAGGAUAGAAUCGAUAUUACAAAAUUUGGGUUUUCAAACUGGCAAAAACGACACGAUAAAUCCGGAAAAAUUAGAUUUUGAAAUGUUUUUCGACUUCUACGUUAAACUAACGAAAAGGUCAGAAGUCGAAAAAGUCUUUAACGAUAUCGUGGGGCCCAAAAAGAUAAUGACGUCAAAUCAGUUUGUGGAUUUUUUAAAUAAAAAACAAAGAGAUCCUCGCUUGAACGAAAUUUUACAUCCUUACGCCGACGCUGCUAGAGCCAAAGAUGUUAUAGCGUUGUACGAACCGAACAAAUACAACGCCCAAAGAGGACAAUUUUCCUUCGAAGGAUUCCUUAGGUAUCUUUUAUCUGAUGAUAACAACAUAAUGGCAGCUUCUAAAUUCGAUUUGGGUCACGAUAUGGAUCAACCUUUGGCGCACUAUUUCAUAAAUUCUUCUCAUAAUACUUAUUUGACCGGCCAUCAGCUAACUGGGAAAUCCAGCGCGGAAAUGUAUCGACAAUGUCUACUAGCGGGAUGUAGAUGUGUUGAACUAGAUUUUUGGAACGGACGAAUAGAAGAACCGGUCAUCGUGCACGGUUACACUUUUGUACCUGAUAUAUCGGCUAAAGAAGUACUAGAAGCUAUCGCCGAAAGCGCUUUUAAAACUUCCGAUUUUCCCGUGGUGCUAUCGUUCGAAAAUCACUGCAAUCCCCGUCAGCAAGCCAAAAUCGCUAAUUACUGUCGAGAAAUAUUCGGCGAUAUGUUGUUAGAAACCCCAUUAGAAAAUUACAAAUUAGAACCGGGUACUCCACUUCCUCCUCCUUCGAUGCUUAAGAGAAAGAUCAUAAUAAAGAAUAAAAAGAAACACCAUCAUCAUCAUCACAAACGAACUGCCACUCCAGCACCGGAAGCAGCUUCGGAUGAAACUGUGGAAAAUACUGAAAAUACCGAAAACGUUUGUAAUACUGAUAAUCAUGUUGAAAGUGUGGAAAAACAAGAAAAUAUUGAGAGUAGGACUAAUGGGGAUGCUACCGCGCAGCGUGCCCCUUCUCUUCAAGCUAGACAGGGUUCUAAAGAAUCUACGGGUACGGAAGAAGAAGAUUCUUCGAGCGAAGACGACGGAGAGAUUGUAGAGGCCGAUGUUCCGACAGAAAGAAACGCCGACGGAAGCGAUAGUAAAACUCCGGCAACGGAAACUGAAGCCGGAGCGGAAAUUUCGGCGCUAGUCAAUUACGUACAACCAGUACAUUUUUCGAGCUUCGAAUCCGCCAAAAAAAAAAAUCGAAGUUAUGAAAUGUCAUCGUUCGACGAGAAACAAGCGACGUCUUUACUUAAAGAAUAUCCCAUUCAAUUCGUCAACUAUAACAAACACCAAUUAAGUAGAGUGUAUCCGGCAGGUACACGUUUCGAUUCCUCGAAUUUUAUGCCGCAGGUGUUUUGGAACGCCGGUUGUCAAUUGGUAGCUUUAAAUUAUCAAACUUUAGAUUUAGCUAUGCAGUUGAAUCUGGGAAUAUUCGAAUACAACUUCAGAUGCGGUUAUUUAUUAAAACCGGAAUUUAUGCGACGCACAGAUAGAAGAUUCUAUCCAUUCGCCGAAUCGACGGUCGACGGUAUCAUAGCGGGUACUGUGAAAAUAACUGUGAUAUCAGGACAAUUCCUGACCGAUAAGAGAGUAGGGACUUAUGUCGAAGUAGAAAUGUACGGUUUGCCCGCGGAUACUGUCAGAAAGAGAUUCCGAACUAAAGUUAUACCCAAUAAUGGAAUCAAUCCGGUUUACGACGAAGAUCCGUUUGUUUUUAAAAAGGUAGUAUUACCAGAAUUAGCUUCAAUUAGAAUUGUAGCUUAUGAAGAAUCCGGUAAAUUCAUCGGCCAUAGAAUUCUUCCCGUAGUCGGUCUGUGUCCUGGUUACCGACACGUCAAUUUACGCACAGAAAUGGGUCAACCGUUGCCGUUGGCUACGCUAUUUUUAGAAAUAGUCGUCAAGGACUACGUACCCGAUGGUUUAUCUGAUUUUGCCGAAGCUUUGGCGAAUCCGAUCAAAUAUCAAAGCGAUUUAGAAAAACGCGCUCAACAACUUUCCGUAUUAACCGACGAUAUGGAACCGGCGGAAGGAACUGAAGAACAGAAAAGGAAUACGUUAACUAGAAUGAAUAAGGAAGUGACGACAAACGGUAGUCCUGUACAAAGAGUUUCAUUAACUACCGGAAGUAUAUCCGUCGAAUCUACGACCGAUAUCGAAAUACCCGUUAUACCGGUCGCUAUUUCUACAACAACCCCCGUAGAAAAUAACGUAACCUCAAAAUCGGUUGAAAUUAAGGAUGAAAAAAUCGAAGAAUUAGUGGCCGAAUCGUUGGAUAGAUUGUUGGAAAAUAAAUUAGUUAAAGAAAAGAAAUUGGAAUUGGAAAAAAAAUUGGAAAAUUUAAGGAGGAAACACGAGAAAAAGAAGAUGUCUUUAAGUUCGCAAAAAUCGACCGACUUUUUGGAAAAAAAAUCCAAAUUGGCCAAUAUGAAACUCGUCAAGAGGUUAUCCAGCAAAAAUAUAGUCAGCGCUGUGUUUUACACGGAAUCAACGAGUGCGGAACCGUUAACGAGUGUAACGGACGGUCCGGAAAACAGUGGAGCUGAAGGUGAAAAACCAUCGAUCCCGAGAAGUCAUUCGGAAAGAUUAUUAGCCGUAAAUAAAGAAUUUGUUACGCAAGAAAAAGAACUUAGAGAAAAAUACCACGACGUCAUAUAUAAUGUAGCCGAAAAAGUAAUGAAAACCUCACAAUCUAAUCAAUUGAAAUUACUAAAGGAACAAUUCGAGAAAGAAACUUCGGAAUUGAUGAGGAAACUUCAAGCUGAUCAUCGAGAAGAAGUUAAAGCUUUAGCUAAAAAACAUCGAAAUCGGGAACAAUUUACACGCGUUAAAAGGGAGGCGGUUACCGCCGUCGUAGGUAGGGGCGUUUCCGAACGUGAAAAAUUGGGACAAUUAUUCGAAAAUCGUAAAGAAGAAUUACAAAGGCAACACGAACACGUCAGGGAAUUAUUAACCGAACAAAGAGAUAAAGCAAAAACAGCCCUCGGAAAAGAAUUUGAAAUGCGCCUAGCAAAUAUAGAAGGUGAAUACAGCGACGCCCAGUAGAUUCGAAAUCGGCCGAUUGUUGUAACCCCAUGAUUAAUUGUUUCAACAUUAUUGAAACGAAAUGGAAACCGAGUCUCUCCAAAAAAAAAAUAAGAGUAUGGUGUAUACUCAAAUUUGAGCUACCUAGUUAUAAAUAUGUGUUAAAAAAGAGUUGAAGUCUUUGAAAUUUUCGACAAUCAAAUCAAAUGGUAUCUAUCUCAUUUGGUAAUUGUAAAAUGUUGUUACUAGUAUAGUAGAUUUCAUAGAUAUGAAAUAAUGAUUCGUUUCCUCGGCAAUUACUUCUUUGAUAAAAUGUUAAAUACAGUGGAUAUUUCAGAUAAAAAUAACUUUAACUUAUUAUCUUAAAAUACUACAUUUUAUAUUCUAAUGAUUCAAGGUACCGAAAAAUAUCGGGUGUCACUAUAGUGUAUGUCAAUUGAUAAAAACAUGGAGGUACUCCGGAGGUCUGAGAACGUUAGGAAAUGAAGUUUGUCCCAAAUAUAAACCGAAUAUCCUGUUUAUCUAUUUUUCCUUUUACAUUCUCAAGUACUGGUUAACAGUUUCGAUUCCUCUUGCUCCUAUUUCUUUAAUUAGUUAACUGUUAUCUGUUUCAUUUGGUUCUAAUUAAAAGAAAUUUGCUAGAAAUACAAUAUACAGAGGAAAUAUUAAGAUCUCGGAGUAUAAAGUGACAAACAGAAAGAAGAUAAUGAAAUUGGUAUGAGAAGAAGCUUCUGGUGUAUAAUGUAUGUUGAUCAGAGAACUUUACGAAGUGAACAGUGACCCAAAUGUCUUCUUCAUCUCUUCCCUUAUACAAUCUCUAGUGCCGAAUGACAGUUUUUGUUCCUCUUCCACCGUUUAUUAUCUGGUCAAGUAUGAAGUUUGAAGAAAAUGAAGUAAAGCACAAAAUUCAGAAGAAAUCGAGAACCAUAUAUAAUGACAGAUUAAGAAGCUCCUGAUCUAUAAAAGUCUAAAACUGGCAUGUAGAGGAUUUCUAACUGAUACAACAUCAGUGAGAUGCUCUUGUGAUCUGAAAACUCUACGACAUGAAGUUGGGCCUAGCUGAAGAAUGAAGGUUGACGUUAAAUUUUAUCUCCAACUGUUAAAAGACCAGGUGAAACUGAAUUUUGAAGUAUUGGUGUGUCUUAUACCCAUUUUCCCACUGUUUUUAAGCGAAAUAUAAAAUUUUUAAUAGAUGUAAUGUAUAGAGACAUGUCGGUUUAUCGUGAACUAUAUUGCCUGGAAAUGAAUUAUUCGUAAAAGUAAGAUAAAGUCGAACUUGAACUCGAUGUUGAUAUUUGAACACAAUAAAAGAACGUGAUUUGUAUUUUGAAGAGAACAUUUCGAUAUUCGGGUAGCGAAACUCGAAUGUUGUUAUUAUUUCUUGAGUCAACUCCAUUCGAAACUCUAGUCUACUUUGAUGUUUGUUGUUAAUUGUGAUAGUAGAAUUUAGAUAUAUAAAGUGAUAAAAUAUGCUUCAGAUACAAUAUAUAGAUCAAACAAGUUGAAACACCUGUGCCAGUUUAUGAUCUGACUAUAUUUUUACAUUCGCUUACUUUAUCAUUAUACCUCGAUCCUGAAAAAUACUGUAAUAUAUUUCAAACGGAUAUAUUUAUUUAUUAUCCUUUUUUUUCAAAAGAUUUAUGAAAAAAAACAUAUGGUUAGAUAAUACGAUUUAAUUUUAGGUAAACUAGAUUUACUUAGACUUUAUUAAAAAAAUGUGGCCCCCUGUUCUUUUCUGGCUUUGGAAUAUCGAAAAAGUAUCCAAUUUCAAUUAUUUUUGGAAGAAAUAUAAUCUUUCAUAACUCGUUUAAUAAUUUUUUACAAAUGUAUUUUUUUUUCUCUUAAAAUAAAGUUUCUAACUUUAAUAGUCUUAUAUAACAUUUAUAAACGUAGUUAUAUCAUACUUAUUUGAAACAUAACCCAACAUGACCCUAACCUAACCUCUAUCUCUGGCAUUAAAAUCUUGACCUCUUUGGAAUGUCUCCACUCCUUUUUAAAUUGCCUCCUUCCAUAUUUCGCAAUCCUCAUUCUGGGAACAUUUUCUUCAUGCAUAUGGAUGGUAGUCUGUUACACUCGAACGAAUAAAUCUCUUCAUAGUCCAGGGAAUCCUAAACAACAGAUUUAGGACAAAAUUUCAAAUAUAUUUGCGCUCCCUUAGCUCGAAGUACCCACGCACUGAGCCGUAUGAGAAGAUGAAGAAGUUAACCCUAACCUAACCUCUAUCUCUGCUUGUUUCCUCUGACAUGAAGGUUAUGAUCUCUUUUGAUUAUCUGUGUUCCUUUUGUUAUUGGCUCCUUCUUCUUCUCUUCUAUCUGGUGUAACGAUACAUAAAGGAAUUUGAAUGUGACUGAUAUGAUCAGACCAUCGCAAAGGCUAUCGACCUCCAUUUCUUUAUCCCUGUACUUCUCUCAAUACUAUAACCCUUUCUUUAUUGUCCUCUCCUCUUCUAGUAACAUUUUAUUUAUGCAUAACAUGGAGUGUAGAUGGAAGGAGAACCUUCUUGAAUGAGGGAAAAGCUGAAAAAGUGUCCAUAUGUAAACAGUAAAUAAUUCUUACUGAACACACUGUUUACACUACACUGUCUGACGCGCGUUUCGAUAACCAAGUUAUCGUCUUCAAAGACUGAAGGUAAACUAAAACCUAAUAUCUUGACUUACCUGUUUUAUCCUGAAUUUUACCACCAAUAAACCUUCGCCCGCUAAAAUUAAUUGUAGCGGGAAAACCUCUUGGCGGGAAUCUUCACAUUUAUUCCUUGACUACCACCACAGCAAAUUUUACCUUUCAAUUCUGUUUAUACAAAGAGGUUGGAAGGAAUAUUGAAUAGAGUACGUUUUAAAUUGGUUUAUAAAUCCAACAAUACAUUGAAACAAUUGUUGGCUAAUCAUAAGGAUAAAAAAACAAAUUUGGAAAAGAGUGGUAUAUAUGAAAUUAGCUGAUUAUGACGGGAAGUAUAUUGGACAGACUAAGAGAACCGUUAAUGUCCGGUUUAAGGAGCACAUAGUUCGUUUAAAAUAAUGACCGAAAUAUAAAUUGCUAAAUAUAAGCUUAAAAAAGACAAAAAGCCAAUUUCUUACAGCCCACUAUAUAAUUUUGUAGUCAAGGAAUAAAUGUGAAGAUUCCCGCUCAAAUUUAUUUUCGCGAGAGAAGGUUUAAUAGUGGGAAAAUUCAGUGUUAAACAAGUAAGUCAAGUUAUUAGGUUUUAGUUCAUCUUCAGACCCUGAACUUGAUUAUCGAAAUGCAUACCAAACAGUGUAAUUGUGAGUGUUGGAAUAAACAGUGUGUUCAUUAUAAUUAUUGGUAGAUGAGUGCAUUUAGAUAAACAUUUAUAUCUCUGAAACUUGAAUAUUUUUUCAAGUUUUAAAAGAAAUUUGAUGAUUUUUCAAUAUUCUAGAACUGAAAAAAAAGAGGAUCGCGAUUUUAUAAGAUUACCAAAACUAUUGAAUGACUUAUAGUAGUAAAUAAUUAGUAUUAGAAAAUGCGAAUAAAUUUCGAAAUAUUUCAAGACAAAAUAAAUAUAUCCGUAAUAAAUAUUCCGGAGUGUAUAUUUAAUAACUUCUGUACUUUAAUCGCUUUCGAAUGUUAUGUAAAAUGUUGAAAUUACUUUCAAUUGAAUUAUUUUUUAAGUACACAGUGUUCUUUGAAUUCGACAUUAAAAUUCUAAUUUUCAGACAA